ACAAACCCCAUUCUGUCUCUGUACCUUUGUCUUUUGCGCAUAAAGAAACGCAAGGUCCCCUCCACUCUGUCCUCAUUCUGAUCGAACUUUUUGAAAUCGCACUCCCACAGUUGCGAUCUCUCUCUUCAGUUUUUUGCAGGGUUUUCCUACGCUAUUUCUGCGAACUAACUUUUUGGCUUGUCUUUAGUUGGUGAAAAUGCCAGAGAUUCAAUUAGGUGCUCACACUAUAAGGUCCCAUGGAACUCAUGUCGCAAGGAUCCACAUGCACGAUUGGCUGAUUCUUCUGCUUCUGGUGGUGAUAGAAGUCAUUUUGAAUCUUAUAGAACCAUUUCAUCGUUUUGUGGGAGAGGACAUGAUGACUGACCUAAAGUACCCUCUGAAAGGAAAUACUAUCCCCUUUUGGGCCGUUCCGAUUUUUGGUAUAUUGCUGCCUUUUGCAAUCAUUACUGCCUACUACUUCGUUAGGAAGGAUGUGUAUGACCUCCAUCAUGCUAUUUUAGGCCUUCUGUUUUCUGUCCUUCUGACUGGAGUCCUAACUGAUGCAAUCAAAGAUGCUGUUGGUCGUCCUCGUCCAGACUUCUUUUGGCGUUGCUUCCCUGAUGGCAAGGGGGUAUUUGACCCUGUCACACGAAACGUUAUGUGUACCGGACUAAAAAGUGUCAUCAAGGAAGGACACAAAAGUUUCCCGAGUGGGCAUACAUCUUGGUCUUUUGCUGGUCUGGGUUUUCUGUCAUUGUACUUGUCUGGGAAAAUCAGGGCAUUUGAUCGUAAGGGCCACGUUGCAAAGCUUUGUAUCUCUUUUCUGCCCUUGCUUGUUGCAGCUCUUGUCGGAGUUUCACGCGUCGAUGAUUACUGGCAUCAUUGGCAAGAUGUAUUUGCUGGAGGCCUUCUAGGAUUGACUGUUGCUUGCUUUUGUUACUUGCAAUUCUUUCCACCGCCGUAUGACAUUGAUGGUUGGGGUCCACAUGCAUAUUUUCAAAUGUUGGCGGAAUCCCAAAAUGGCGCCCGAACUUCAACUGACAGGGCCAACUGUCUAGUUGCAACUCCGACGGAGCUUGGGAACUUUUAUAGCCCGUCUCGCCUUGGCAUGGUAACAUCACAAGUCAAUAAUGUAAGGGACUCAAGCCCAAUCCUUGAUGAGAUGGAAAGAGGGAGAAGAUAGACUUGAAGUCUUUUUUCACUAGAGCACAAACAGAAUUUUGGUCAGCAGAUGUUCAUAUUCAGUAAGAUAGAGUUGUUGAAGUUUGCUCAUUUCCAUGAUCAGUUGUACAUUUAACAUAGUAGUUUUAUUUGUUUGGUGGAGGAUUUUUCAAUGUAAUGUACUCCUUGUUUAACAGUGCUCGUGUUUGUUUUUAACUGAAUGCUACUUUCUGGUUUUUUGGAGCAUGAGAUGGUCUGGCGCUUUGUUCA